GGAAGACAACUGAAACGGAGGGGGAAGCAGAAAUAGCUCAAGUCAGGGGAGAAGGCGGCGCAAGGCAGGAGGAAGAAAGCCUGGGAGCUGGUGAAGGAGCUGUGGGCCCGGAUACUUUGUAUCAUGGUGAGGAAGUCAUAGAAGCAGGAGCUUGGAGCAGCUGGUCACACUGUAAGCACAGUCAGGAAACAGAACCUCAUGAAUGCUAGUACUCAGGCCGCAUCCCAGCCACGGAAAUGGGAUUAAAAUAAUCUCCCAUACAGAGCAAAUCCCUGUGACACUCUCAGGAAUGUCUUCCUUAAGUGGGAAAGUACAAACUGUUUUGGGCCCUGUGGAACCAAGCAAACUGGGACGCACGCUGACCCAUGAGCAUUUGACAAUGACCUUUGACAGUUUUUACUUCCCACCUUCUCCAUGCCAUGAAGCUACCUCUAGAGAACCCAUCACGAUGAAAAAUUUAUUUUGGAUUCACCAGAAUCCUUAUUCUCAUCGAGAAAACCUCCAGUUGAAUCAGGAGGUAGAAGCCAUAAAGGAAGAACUGUUGUAUUUCAAGGCUCAGGGAGGAGGAGCCUUGGUGGAGAACACGACCACUGGGCUCAGCAGGUCCCUGCACACACUGAAGUGGCUGGCAGAGCAGACUGGAGUCCAUAUCAUAGCUGGAGCUGGCUUUUAUGUUGAUGCAACGCACUCUGCAGAGACCAGGGCCAUGUCGGUGGAGCAGCUUACAGAUGUCCUUAUUAAUGAAGUUCUCCAUGGAGCUGAUGGAACCUGUAUCAAGUGUGGAGUUAUUGGAGAGAUUGGGUGCUCCUGGCCUUUGACUGACAGUGAGAGAAAGGUCCUCCAGGCCACAGCUCAUGCCCAGGCUCAGCUUGGCUGUCCUGUAAUCAUCCAUCCUGGACGGAGCCCAUGUGCACCGUUUCAGAUCAUCCGUAUAUUGCAGGAAGCAGGCGCAGACAUCUCCAAAACAGUCAUGUCCCACCUGGACAGGUCUAUAUUUAAUAAGAAGGAGCUACUGGAGUUUGCUCAACUUGGCUGCUACUUGGAAUAUGAUCUCUUUGGUACGGAGAUCCUUAAUUACCAAUUCAGCCCAGAUAUUGAUAUGCCUGAUGAUAACAAAAGAAUUAGAAGGGUCCGUUUCCUGGUGGAUGAGGGCUAUGAAGAUCGGAUUCUCAUGGCACAUGACAUACACACGAAGCACCGAUUGAUGAAGUAUGGAGGUCAUGGCUAUUCGCAUAUACUCACCAACAUUGUUCCUAAGAUGCUCCUGAGAGGUAUAACGGAGAGGGUACUUGAUAAGAUACUCAUAGAAAACCCUAAGCAAUGGCUGACUUUUAAAUAAGAUGGCUGUUCAUGAACCCAGACCCAGAGGAGAAAAUUUGCCAAGAAUAUUUGGUGAUUUCAAGUCUAUUGGGGGCAUUAAUCCAAGCUACACAGGACCAAUGACUGAUCACUUCCCUCCUAUGAAAAGCCAGAUAACUAUCUCAGGGAAAUCUCUAGUGGGGGCCCCUAGGCUCAAGUGAGUCCUAUUGUCUUUCCUUAAUAAAAUAAACAUAGAAGAGUGUGUUUCCAAACAAUAAUUUAAAGCUAUAUCCCCUAAGAGUCAUUUUGGAUGUCUUUUCCCCCCUCCUCAUAUCUGUACUACUUGAAAAAAAUUAAAGUGUUCCUAGCUAAGUUGCCCCCUUCUGGAGCACUCUAAUGUUUCUUGUAAUAUUGAUGAUCCUACUAAUUAUCCUGCUGUUCUUUAAUUAAUGCUUAAUGAAUAAUGUGGCAUUUUAAAAUCACUUUUGCAACAAGGGAAGUUAAAUUUUGAGACUUUUUUUUCCCAAAGGAGACUGCAAUAAGAUUACCAGUUCACAAUAACAAAAAUAUUUUGGAAGAUUAAGUAUGUGGUUUCCACCUAUCUGUGUAAAGUUAUAAUAAAUCGGUUUUGCUGA